AUGGCCGAGUCAACAUCCUCUGCUUUACUCCCCGCCUUUGGCGUACGCGAUUUGAAUGGAUCGAAGGCUCCGCCAGGCAUCGUUCAGAUCACUGGCGGCCAAUACGACACCACGAUCCGGUCCCAGCCUGAUGCUGUCCUUUCCUACAUUGAUGACGAUGACGGUGAUGUUAUCACUGUUGGAAGCUCUUUUGAGCUGGAGCAACGACUCGAUGAACCUGCGCGACAUUCCGUCCUUCCCGUCUCACCUGCAUUCCCGACAGGCAGAGAAUCUAAGGAAAAUAAGAUGAUGAUGCAUAUCUUCGACAUCAAACAUACUAGCGGCAGUCUGGCUGUAUGGAGAGAACAUGAGGCGUACACAACCAAGAGUCUGGGGAGGCAGGACAGUCCGCGUUCCAGUAGGGACGCUGCCGUUCAGCAUGGUUCAGCCUUGCACACGAAACCCAGUCUGACACAAAACGCCACAAUUCCAUCUCAGCCUAACGCGGCCACUAACCGGAGACCUCAGACGGCUUCGGACAAGGCUUCGACGGGGGUUUCAUCCGAAUCCAAAUCAGAAAUACCAACGUAUGAGAGAGAUAUUUCGACUCAAUUGGACAAGGCUCUAACCGGCGUUUUCAAUGGCCUCGAGCCCCACCUCGUACCAAUUGCAGAUUUCUUGGAGACUACGGCGGAGGGUCUCAGGAAAGUUGCCGAAAAGACAGCGGAGCAAGAUAAUACACCUGCUGAGGUUGUCUUGAGCGGGUUCAAAAAUAUUUUGGCGGAGGUGGGUGAAAUGGGUCUAGAGUUUCUCGCGGCUCUUGAUGAGGAAUAUCAACAAGACAAGGCCCAAAAAAUAAGCACGGCCAGCAAGCCUGCUCCUCAACCGGUGACACAACAGGGCCCCGUCGAAACGGCAACAAAAAGAGUCAGCUUCGUGGAGAUACCACCUCCUCCCGUCGAGAAGAAACCAGAACCACUAAAAGACCUCGAUCAUAACGAUCGCAAGGUCUUUGGGACCAAUACAUCCCUGUACGCCCAUCGUUCCCAGCAGCCAAUACUUGCAGAUCCUCCAUUUCGUACGAAGCCACAGCCGCCCGUCUUCCCAAGAGAUAUCCAACGGGCAUCCCAGCUUGAUCCUUCGAAGAGCUCCAUUCUUGAUCAAGAGCCAUCUGAUCCUGAUUUUUCCACCCGUUACCCUCCAUUGCUGUCUCUGAGGAAAGCCAAAAGCGUCAGUGGAUUGCAUGACAAAUCGCAGAACCCUGAUGUCUCGCAGCGUCCUAGCAUGAAUACUUCUUCUGCUUUGUCUCGCUAUCCGAGCAUCGCACAGCUCAAUGAACAAAUUCGGUUUCCGUCAAAAAGCAAACCUACGCCAAAGCCUACUACCGUUGGCAAUGGUUCCAUGAAUGCAGGGAUCCCCGUUGGCACAAGCAAGCCAGUGACCACCAACUCAUACAAAAAGCCGGGCGUCGAAGAUGAUGUUAAUACAGAAACAUCACCAAAGGAGGGUAUGAAGCCUGAGGCUGGCCCCGGCGAAGACUCCCCCGUGUUCCCAACGUGGUUACCUGGCGCCUGGCCAGAGCAAAGGACGAAAGAUUCGACCACCGUAUUGCCUACUACAGAAGCCUCCGGCAUCCAAACUUUGACGAAAGCUCCUCGAAAUUCCGUUGCGCCACCUCGUGAACAUCUUGCCGAUGGUCUCUCACACCGUAUCAGCAGCCCCUUCAGCGAUACAUACUCUCGGGAAACGCCACCACCACAUUUCCCGAAGAGACAUCAAACGGUCACCGGAAUAAAUCCGGCCGCGAGACUCAAUGGUCCAUUCAACCCUCUGGAUUCUCUCAGCCGCUUGUCCAGCCUCCAGCCUCGACAUCAAAAGUCGCAACCAAAUCUAUCUCGAGUCAACACAAACUCGGAAACCUUGACGAAGGAACCUCCAGUAGUUUUCCCCCAGCGUAGCCGCACCGUCAACUACACUGACCGCUACAGACCGGUAGCUUUCAAUUACCCAAGACCCAAUUCGUUCGAUAGUCAUCUGAAAGACGGAUUAGGCAGGCCAACGGCAUCUCUCAGGUCCUCCGCUGAAUCCACCCCAACGACGUCCUCUCAUUCAGAAAAUACUAUAGUCCCUAAAAUUACGACACGGCCUCAAGAUAUUCACCACCCACGGUCUCAACGUAUGUUUCCUCAACCACCAGCAGCCGGCCAAAGACCUCAGUCUUCAGUAUUCUCCCCUCCACCGCCUGCAUCAUUACAAUCUCGCCAUCCACGCCCCAUGAAGAGCGAACCAUACCUUCCAAGAAUGACAUCGACCAACACCACGUCCUCAUCUACGUCCUUAUAUCCCCCGGCACCUGCACCGAUUGUCGCCGAACCCCCUGCCAAUAUGUCGCCUACCUUCACUCUAAGCCCCAUCACGAGUCCUCGAGGCCGCUCUGGUAUCCCUCCACCUCCACCCACGGCCAGCUCCAGGGUUGAUGAUUGCGUUAAAAUUCUCAAGGGCAUGGGUUACGGCACCAGUGACGCGAACGAAAUGUCAAGAUUAAACGUCUACGCAGGCGCCACGGCAGGAAAUGUCGAGGAUGCCAUCGAAAUGAUCGAGGAAGAUCGUGAGGCCGCGAGAGAACUGGCAAAGCAUAAAGAUGUUGGGGAGAGAGCAAGAAUCGGGCCCCCUGGGGAUUCAGUCUGCUUGAGCGUCGACCACCUAGGGCAAGUUGACAUGGAAUGA